AUGGCUUCUGGAACUGAUCCAAGCACGUCGGGCGAAGCUGCGGACCUCGCACCCUCCUACGCCUCCGUACUCUCCGAAGCCGUCGGCCUCGCCCUUGACGCCGAGUUCUGCCCCGCCACCGCUCCCAACCUUCGCAAUGUCGUCAGUCUCGCUCGGUUCUUUGAGUUCGUUCUCACAAUCGACUAUGCGCCCUACUCCUCGCACCGUCGCGUUGGCCGCGUAGGGCUGUCCGACUUGGAUGUCCGGCUCAUAUUCGAGGUCGGCGAGAACCUUGCCAGGGCACGCGUCAAGUUCGAGAACAGGAUCGCCAAGCCCUACGAUGCAGUGCACGGGGAGUGCCGGGACUGGCAUGACCUCAUCCACACUCAGAUGUUUGUGGGAGACUGCUUCGAAGGUGUGGAGGACCAGAAGCUGUUCCUCGACCGGAUAGUCAUCCCGGCGCAGGCGCUCGGCAUACCGCUGGAUUAUGCCGUCACUACUAUAUGGCGCUUCAUCACGGGCGUAGGCACGUACGGUACCUAUACCGGAAGCUUGAAAGAAGUACUCGCUAGGCGAGGCGUCGAAGGGUUGGCGCGCAGGCUCUGGGUUGAUCGUCACGUUGUGAUACCACGGUUGCCCGUCAGCAAACGGCGCCUGUUGAUGGACGGCCUGAAAACGAUACAAGGGUUAUAUUUCUUAGCUCUGGAUGGCCCCAGUUUUCAUGCGAACUCCGCUUGGGGACGAGACGGAUUUGGGCGCAGUGAGCUGAAGUUCAAGGAAAUGGCGUUAACGGAGACAGGGAAGCGCUGCGAGGAAAACAUACGGGUUACGCGCGAGCAGGUGGACAAGAUGCACGUCGGAAAGGAGGGAGAAGAGGAAAGAGUGUCGCAGGCCUGCGUUUGGGAUGCCGAUGAAGCAUUGCUGAUAGCGCAGAGGAUACGGGAGAGUGGCGGCCCAAUGCCCCCAUCCCUAGAAUCGAGGAAGAGGCCAGAGGUGAAGUUAGUGCUAAAAGAAAGGCGGAGAAAGUACUUUGGGCGCCCAUGGAAGCUUCUGUGUAACUACAUGGGAUCAAAAAUUCAGCUCAGAUAUCACUUUAUACGUCGAUGA